UUAGACCAAUUUUGUUAUUCUUGUCUGUGUUUAUAUCUUUGCCAUCAUGGUUAUUGUUACUAUCUUGCCCUUGCAGCCAAGAAAGAAGAUGUCAUUCCUCCUGUGCCGAUUCUUACACGUUACUCUAAAGAAGGUGGAAUUAAGGCACUAGUAAAAAAGGAACUGAGGGAUCCAAGGCAACCUGAUGUGAAAAGGUCGACUGAUUAUAGUGCUUUGACAACACCAACGGUUUGUGUUCAGUUGAAUACACUUUACUAUGCAAUUAGCCAACUGAAUAAGUUGGAAGAUAGCAUUUGGGAGAGAUGGACAAGGAAAAACUACCAUGAUAAGUCAAUAAGGAGACCUACAGAAGAAAAUUUAAGAAGUUCCACACAGAAAGAGACUUUUGAUGGCAGUAGAAAAGAUAUAAAUGCUGCUAUUAACCGAGUUUGUGAGUUCACUGGAACUAAAAUAAUUUUUUGGGACCUCAGAGAGUCUUUUAUUGACAAUCUUUAUAAGCCAACUGUUUCUCAGUGUAGGUUUGAAACAUUGAUUGAUCAACUGGAUUUGGUACUCAAUCAACUUUGUGAUAAAAUUGUGGAGCAACUCCGAGAUCGUGUUGUAACAGGUCUCCUCCAAGCCUCACUGGAUGGCUUACUCCGCGUCAUUUUGGAUGGAGGCCCAUCACGCAUUUUUACUCUUGCUGAUGCUAAGUUAUUGGAGGAAGAUGUAGAGGUCUUAAAGGAGUUUUUCAUCUCUGGUGGAGAUGGGCUUCCUCGUGGAGGAGUUGAAAAUCAAGUAGCUGGCGUACGGCAGGUGAUAAAGUUGCUUGGUUAUGAGGUUAGCUCUAGCAGGACCUUGUGUAGUAAAGAAUGCUGCUAAAAUCCAUUCAAUUUU